AGCCAAACCCUAAUCCUCGAAGUCCCGCCUUCGCCUCUUCUCUCAGCAGAACAAGAGAUCAACCUCUCUAGUGAGGCAGAAGCAGCAUCAGCCGCCAUGGUGAAGUACUCCAGAGAGCCGGACAACCCCACUAAGUCUUGCAAGGCCAGGGGGUCAGAUCUCAGAGUUCAUUUCAAGAACACAAGGGAGACUGCUCAUGCCAUUAGGAAGUUGCCUUUGGCCAAGGCCAAAAGGUAUUUGGAGGAUGUUCUGGUCCACAAGCAAGCCAUACCUUUCACCCGCUUCUGUAGAGGUGUUGGGCGAACUGCUCAGGCAAAGAACAGGCAUUCGAAUGGACAAGGACGCUGGCCUGUCAAAUCUGCUAAAUUCAUCCUAGAUUUGCUUAAGAAUGCUGAGAGUAAUGCUGAUUUGAAAGGUCUGGAUGUUGAUUCACUCUACAUAUCUCACAUCCAAGUGAACCAGGCACAGAAACAAAGGCGCCGCACAUACCGGGCUCAUGGAAGAAUCAACCCAUAUAUGUCAUCACCAUGCCAUAUCGAGUUGAUUUUGUCUGAAAAGGAAGAACCUGUUAAAAAGGAGCCUGAAACUCAGUUGGCGACCGGCAAAUCCAAGAAGUCUCUGCGCGGUGGUGCUUCUACUCGAAUUGCAAUCUGAUGAUAGAGCUAGUAACUCUGCAAGAAAUUUUCAUGCCAAUUUUAAUUGUCACUCUUUCAUUUUAACAUGAGUUUUGUUUUCUUAAUAUAAAGUCAUGGGUUAUUGAGAGUCUUUGAGCCACUUUGUUUUGUUUUCUGAAUUUUGUUGAGUAUUUUGGAAAGUUAUGGAAAUUUUAGAUGAAGAUACCCCC